AGGCCGUCUGCGAAAGGGUGGGCGGAGCCCCUCGGCGACUUCCGGUUGGGGGGAGAAAGUUGGGCCGAAGGAGGGGCCGCGAUAGAGGGAGGAGGAGGAAGAGAGAAAGGCCGGGCGGCGGCAUUUGUAGGUCGUGCGGCGGCGUCGGCGGCUCUCCCCCGGGCGAACGAUGGAUAGCCAAGGCAGGAAGGUGGUGGUGUGUGACAACGGCACCGGGUUUGUGAAGUGUGGAUAUGCAGGCUCUAACUUUCCAGAGCACAUCUUUCCAGCUUUGGUUGGAAGACCUAUUAUCAGAUCAACCACCAAAGUGGGAAACAUUGAAAUCAAGUGAGGAUUUUAUUUAGGCCUUUUCUGACUCUUACUUCUACCUUCUCUCUCUUCACCUUUCUUGACCUGUUGAAGUAGAAUAACAAAAAGAUGGAUCUUAUGGUUGGUGAUGAGGCAAGUGAAUUACGCUCAAUGUUAGAAGUUAACUACCCAAUGGAAAAUGGCAUAGUACGAAAUUGGGAUGACAUGAAACACCUGUGGGACUAUACAUUUGGACCGGAGAAACUUAACAUAGACACUAGAAAUUGUAAAAUUUUACUCACAGAGCCGCCUAUGAACCCAACCAAAAACAGAGAGAAGAUUGUAGAGGUAAUGUUUGAAACUUACCAGUUUUCUGGUGUGUAUGUAGCCAUUCAGGCAGUUCUGACUUUGUAUGCUCAAGGUUUAUUGACUGGUGUAGUGGUAGACUCUGGAGAUGGUGUAACUCACAUCUGCCCAGUGUAUGAAGGCUUUUCACUCCCUCACCUUACCAGGAGAUUGGAUAUUGCGGGGAGGGAUAUUACCAGAUACCUUAUCAAGCUCCUUCUGUUGCGAGGAUACGCUUUCAACCAUUCUGCUGAUUUUGAAACAGUUCGCAUGAUUAAAGAAAAACUGUGUUAUGUGGGAUAUAACAUUGAGCAAGAGCAGAAACUGGCCUUAGAAACCACAGUAUUAGUUGAAUCUUACACACUCCCGGAUGGACGCAUUAUCAAAGUAGGGGGAGAGAGAUUCGAAGCACCAGAAGCUUUAUUUCAGCCUCACUUGAUCAAUGUCGAGGGAGUUGGUGUUGCUGAAUUGCUUUUUAACACAAUCCAGGCAGCUGACAUUGAUACCAGAUCUGAGUUUUAUAAACACAUUGUGCUUUCUGGAGGGUCUACUAUGUAUCCUGGCCUGCCAUCGCGGUUGGAACGAGAACUUAAACAGCUUUACUUAGAACGAGUUUUAAAGGGAGAUGUGGAAAAGCUUUCUAAAUUUAAGAUCCGCAUUGAAGAUCCACCCCGCAGAAAGCACAUGGUAUUCCUAGGCGGUGCAGUUCUAGCAGAUAUCAUGAAAGACAAAGACAACUUUUGGAUGACCCGACAAGAGUACCAAGAAAAGGGUGUCCGUGUCCUGGAGAAGCUGGGUGUGACCGUUCGAUAAACUUCAAAGCUUGUGCCCAUCACACUCCUCAAUGCUUUCUUUUUUUCCUUUAUUGCCAGUCUUUGAACUCAUUCAACUCCAGGACAUGGGAGAGGCCUCCCAGUGCCCUUUGACUGGAAAGGUCAAGUUUUAUUAUGGUAUCUUGGGGAAGCUUUGCUAAAUUUUAUAAUGUGGGUAAAUCUGACUGUUUAAUUCAGCGGCUUCCCUACAGACACAAGAGGGCUAAGGGUCCUGUCUGCUGCUUUGUUUCUCCUAAGUAGGCUUUAGAUCAUUCCUGUAGGUUUCCUAUUUUCACUUUACUGCUCUAAUGCUGCUAGUUUUAGUCCUUAGCACACUAGGUGGUUUGCCUUUAU